AUGUUGCGACUUUUUACGUUUUUCGUAUUCCUUGCCAUCUAUGCACGCGCUGUUGCCUUCUCCAUCGAUAUCAAUGGCUGGUAUCCUUGUACUCUGACCGACGAGUCUUCUCAGCCACUUCUCAACGACAUCAGCUUCGAGUGCGCCACAGUGGGAGCGCCAUUGUGUCAUUCCGGAACCUGCAACAGCUCCAAGACAAUUGAACUCUUUGUCAAGCGGAAACUCGCGUCAUCAACGCCACCACAAAAAGGAAGCACACAGAAAAGCGUGUGGUUCUUGGCUGGCGGACCCGGGGCAUCUUCAGCUGAUUUGGAGAUGGCGAUGUUGGAGAUUUAUUUUUUAUCCAAGAGUUCAAUUGACGUGUACACGAUGGAUCAUCGAGGAACCGGACGAAGUUCGUUUCUGGACUGUAUGGCAGCCCAAGCGACAGCAGAAGGGAGUCCGGGGGGAGCGCAGUUGGUUUUACAAGAACUUCCAUACUGUGUGAAAGAUAUUUUGCACCAGAUCGACAACCACACUGAAGCCUUUUCGGUCACUUCUGCUGCUCGGGAUUUAGUUUAUCUUUUGGAUGUGCUCGAGAAUGAUACGGAAAGUUCUGGAGUGGGGGAUGUUUAUCUUUACGGCACCAGUUAUGGCACGUACUUAGUGGAGCGAGUGAUGCACUUGGCUCCAUCUCAAGUGAAGGGCUACAUUCUCGACGGUGUGGUGUCUGAAGCUGGGUCUACUCCUGACACUAGAUUGUUCUUCUCGCACUGGGAUCGGAAUAUUCUGGCACCGACAGAGAGAUUUUUCGAACUCUGCUUAAAGCAACAGGAAACGUGUCCUCUUCAGCUAAAUCUUGGCGAUAAAGGUGAUGUCUUGAGUGCUGUACUAGACAUUUACAAUGACAUUGAUGAAGCCAUGAACGACUGCGCCUUGCAGUUGAUGCUACUCACGGGUGUUGACACGCCAUCUCAAAUUCUGCGGCCAAUACUGGGACUGCUCGUUCGAGAUUUCUCCGCUCGCACACUAAUUCCGUCAAUUUUAGGACGGAUGCAUCGAUGCAGCAAAAAAGACCAGAAGGAACUGGAAUUGUCACUUGGCCCUUUGUUGGAUCUGAUACUUCAGCAAGUAGGAACAGCGGCCUCACCCGUUAUGAAGACACCGGUACACCCUACAUCGCUAAUCAAGUCAAGCCUUGACUCAUCGGUAACUGGGUCCAUUGAUCAGCUGGUGUAUCUCUUAAUUUCCUACUCGGAGCUCUGGGCCAACCCCUCUCCAACAGAAGCAGAGCUGGAAAAACUAUACAUGGACGGGAUCUUCUCAAUCGGAUCGGUAGCGUUAGCUCAGUACUGCCUUCUCUCGGGCAAUCUAAGCCCGACGAUGUCAGCUAGUAGUCGAGACCCAGCGUGUAGCCAAAUUGCCCUCGACUUUGGAAGUAAUACCUCCGACUUUACUCAGAACUUCGUGUACCCUGUAGACGAGUAUUCGAACAUUACCGCCUCCGUACCGCCUAAUACCACUCUGCUAGUGAUCAAUGGGGGACUGGACUUCCAGACGCCAAUGGAGUUUGGUCGUCAUCAAUACGAAUCGGCAGCUUUAAGCGAUCCCGAAACGAGUCGAAAGAUGAUGGUGGAGCUCGAGUUUGGAGCUCAUGUGUGCGGCCUAACAGCGACAACUUCAGAUGACGAGACGCUAUGUGGGCCGAGGAUCGUGACGUCGUUUAUCGCUAACAACGGCGAUCCAGAGCUGGUUGACACUUCCUGUAUGAAUGCCUUGCCGGAGCUUGAACUCAAUGACAAGGCGUUCUCGAUGCUGGUCGAGUCUAUUAUCGAGACUGAGCGUGAACAAAUGCUAAAAGGCUUUGACUUUGAAGAGUAG